AUGGCUACAUUGGAUCUUUGUAAUAAUGAACAUCUAAAUGAAACAGAAUCAGCAGAUGAAGAAGAUGAUCAAUUACAAACACCCAUAAAAACCGUAGUGACUUUAAAAUUUAAAGAAAAUCCAGAUUCAACCUCUCCAAUACAAGUAUUUCAAUUAAAUAUAGGUUCAAAUAUUAUUGGUAGAGGUUCACCUUCUUUUUUAAAUGAUAUAAAAAUUAGUCGAAGACAUGCAGAGAUAAUAGUAUCAGCAGAAGUUGGAAAUGUUACAUUUAAUCAGUUAGGACAAAACCAUAGUACAUUGUAUAGAAAAGAUCAAACACCAAUUAAAAUGGUUAGAGGUAUUUCAAAUCAACUAUUAGAUGAUGAUUUAAUUUCACUAUAUGAUGGAUCAAUACCAUUUUCAAUUCAUAUUGAAAGAGAUAAUCAAUUUAUGUCAGUUUGUGAAGGUAAUUUUAUAUUAACUCAAGAUGCAGCCGAUACUAAUUAUCAUAUUAAUUCUCCAACUAAAACUAUAACUACAACCUCAACUACAACUACAACUACUGAAACUCUAAUAAAAAAUAUUGAUAAUAAUAAUAAUAAUAAUAAUAAUAAUAAUAAUAAUAAUAAUAAUAAUAAUAAUAAUAAUAAUAAUAAUAAUAAUAAUAAUAAUAAUAAUAAUAAUAAUAAUAAUAAUAAUAAUAAUAAUAAUAAUAAUAAUAAUAAUAAUAAUAAUAAUAAUAAUAAUAAUAAUUCAAUUUUAUCAAAAAGAUCAAGAGAUAAUGAAAAUAAUCAUAAUCAUCAAUAUAUUCAUCAUGAUAAAACACCCUUAACACUACAACAACAACAACAAUUACAAAAUCAACAACAAUUACAUCAACAACAACAACAACAAUUACAAUAUGAACAAUUACAACAAUUACAACAAUUACAGCAGCAUCAACAACAACAGCAGCAUCAACAACAACAACAACAACAACAACAACAACAACAACAACAACAACAACAACAACAACAACAACAAUUUAAAAAACAUAAAAGAGAAAAUACACCAGUUAUAGUUGAAGAUUCAUUAAAAUUAAAUAUUCAAGAAAAUGAAUUAUUAUUUAUUAAAAAAAUAGGAUCAGGAGCAUGUGGUGAAGUUUGUCAAUAUGAAUGGAAGGGUACACCGGUUGCAGUGAAAACUAUAUUUAAAUCAUUGUUAAGAAAAGAUAAGAAGGAAGAAUUUGAAAAAGAGGUAUCAAUAUUGAAAUGUUUAAGACACCCAAAUGUUGUAUUAUUUAUGGGAACAUGUUUAUUAAAUGGUAAUUUAGCAAUCAUUACAGAAUAUUUAAAUCGUGGUUCACUACGUGAUGUAUUGACUACAAUGAAUAAAUCAGAACUAUCGCUAUCAGUUAAAGUUAAAAUGCUGAUUGAUGUAGCACAGGGUAUGAAUUAUCUUCAUACUUAUUCGCCACCUAUAAUUCACAGGGAUUUGAAAUCGUUGAAUCUAUUAGUUGAUAAUAAUUUCAAUGUGAAAGUAUCAGAUUUCGGGCUAAGUAGAUUCAUCAGUGGUGGUAUCGGCAGUUCGGCUAAAACUUUUUGUGGUACACUCUCUUGGAUUGCGCCAGAGGUGUUCAAUGGCAGUGGGUACACUACAAAAGUUGAUGUCUAUAGUUUUGGUAUAGUUCUUUGGGAAAUUCUAACUCAUAAACAACCAUCAGGUAAUAUCUCUGCCACUUCAUUAGGUCAUCCAGAAUUACCAUCAAAUUGUCCACAAUCUUUCUCUGACCUAAUUAAAGAAUGUUGUAAUAGAAAUCCUGAUCAAAGACCAAACUUUUCUCAAAUUUUAUUAAAAUUAAAACUAAUGUAUAAUCAAAUAAAUAAUAAUAAUAAUAAUAAUAAAAUAGAUUCUUCAAGUUUUCAUAAUAAUAAUAACAAUUGUAGUUAUAAUAAUAGUAAUGAUAAUAAUGGUAUUUUAGUAACUGGUGGUGUAGGUGGUAAUGUUAGUGGUAAUGUUGAAUCAAAUAAUAAUAAUAAUAAUAAUACUUUAAAUGGUGCAGGUAAUGUUAUAAUUUUAAAUGAAAUUAAAGAUUUUACAAUUCAACCAAAUGAAAUUACAAAUAUAAAAACGAUUAUUGUAAAAGAUUCUUAUUCAAUACUAGAAGGACAAUAUAAAGGUAAAUUAGUAUCAAUUAAACAAAUCAAUGGUAGUAUCAAUGAUUUUGAAAUGAAACAGUUAGGAGUUUUAGCAUCAAUUAAAUCACCACUUGCUGUAAGAUUCAUUGGUGUGGUUUUCAAUACUGAUGAAUACGCAAUCAUUAGUGAACAUGUUGGUAAUAAUGGUAGUUUAUUAACAUUAAUGCAAAAUCAUUCAAAUCAAUUAAAUUGGUCAAAUACAAUAGAUUUAGCUAUUCAAAUAACUCAAUCAAUUCAAUAUUUACAUAAACACCAACCACCAAUUUUACAUAGAAAUAUUACAAGUGAUUGUUUUUUAUUAUCUAGUUUAAAUAAUAAUAGUAAUCAAAAUAAUAAUAAUAAUAAUAAUAAUAAUAAUAAUAAUAAUAAUAAUAAUAAUAAUAAUAAUAAUAAUAAUAAAAAAAAUGAUGGUGGUGAUGAUAAUGGUGAAAAUACAAAUACAACUACAACUACAACAACUACUACUACUACUGCAACAAAUAUUACAAAUGAAUUAAAUAUUAAUGAAAUUAAAAUUAAAGUUCAUGAUUUUGGAUUAUCAAGAUUUAAUACUCAAGAGAAUGAAGAAUCAUUAAAAGAGAUUAAAGGAAACUUUUUAUAUUCACCACCAGAGUUAUUAUCAUUGAAUACUUAUUCAAACAAAUCUGAUAUCUAUAGUUUAUCAAUUGUUUUAUAUGAAUUGUUUGAAACUUGUUUAACUAAAACUUAUAAAAAACCAUACCAUGAAGUUACCUUGGAUUUUGAUUUUCAAAUUAUUCAUAAAACUAGUAAAUUGAAUUUAAGACCAACAAUAAGUAAUAAUAUGCCAAAUGAAAUUUCAAAGAUAUUACAACAAGGUUGGUUUUCUGAUUCUGUUCUAAGGCCAAGUUUAGAUACAAUUAUUAAAGAAUUACUAAUUUGUAAAAAGAAUCUUUGUUAA